AUGGCGGAAAGAAAUAAAGGGACUUUGGCUCGGCUUGAGUUUGACUUCAACAUGAUAUUUGGUGGUACUAUGGAGGGGUCUCAUUCUGGCUGGGAACGUCUCGUAUACGAGGAGACGGUGAAACCUGCUGCUAUUCUUAUAACGAGGUCUUUCUACGAAGGUAUGGAGGAACUAAGCAAGUGCUGUACAUGUGUAGAAAUUUUCUUUCUGCAGUUUGACAAUCUCAAGAAGCUUCUAGUUCCGUGUCUCAUGAUGAAUGCACGUAUGGUUCUACGACUGAUUAGAAAAACAACUUUCCUUCUCGAACUCAGCACUGUGGUUGACGAUACAGCUUCAAUUGCCUUGCAUCCAAAUGAAAUCAGGGAAGAGUUGAUCAAAAUAGAGCAUAUUACUGAUGGUAUCAGACGGGAACUGUGCGCUUUAAGAACGGUGUUUUCCUCUCUAGACUCCUCUUUGCAAUGCUACACUGAGGUGCUACUAGGCAAGCUGAUUCUAAAACGACAGGUGGCGGACCUGGAGUGUGUGAUCGUAAGGCGAAGGGAUUUAUGUUACCAAGCAGCCGAGCAUGUGUUAAGUAUUCCUCUCAAUGGGGAACAUCAGAAGUCGUUCUCUGUUAUGAACACCAAAAAGCACUUGAUCUAUCUUGUUUCACUCAUGUUUGCGAUCAUUCUCGUUAUCCUAUAUAGGAUUUAUAAGAUUAUCCUAGGAUGA